GUAACCAGGAUGUUCUGUGCUUCGGGAGUAAGGGAACAUGUACGUAGAAAUAGAAAAUAUAAGACAAACUGCAGCCUUGCAUAUAUGACAUGCACGCCUGUACAAUGAUGGAGUCGAUUUUCGUAGCUGUUCUAUGGAUUGUUGGAGUUGUCCCAACAGUUUCUCAAUUACCGGCCAACGCCAACGAUUACUUCUUACUCAAACUUCAUGGGGAACUUGUUGUCAUGAACUUCCACUUUCGUCAAAUGGAACGAAAAUUUAACGACAGUAAAGCUAAGGUUGAUUUCCUGGAAGCAGAAGUACGGCGUUUGAAAAUGGGGAAUGGGGGAAAUCCGAAAAUGGCCGGCGGCGUCUGUGCAUUGUGCAAAACCCAGCUAGAAAAUUUAGAGGCUGGACUCCUCGUGGAGAAGUGGAGGUCUUCUCAAGCAGACGAGGCACUGGAAAACUUCAAAGAUCGCCUUGGAACGCUGGUCCAAGCUGUGGAAUCCACCGAAGAUCUUCUUCAGGCGGUGACUCAACUGGAAGAAAUGGUUGAAUUCACCCAAUAUAUAGCUGAAAAUUGCACUGAACGUAUAAAGGAGAUUGAACAUAGGGAACAAACUCGUUGGUACGUCCGUGGAGGUCGUGUGAAUACAGACGACACUGUUUCCCGUGCUGACUGUUCACCGGGAACUGUGGUGGAAUGUACGUGUAGCCAUGAAUCGGAAACAUGUGACGGUGUCGAAGUUGACGGACGGAGCUGUUAUGCUGCGAAAAGUGGCUAUCGGCCUGGCCCUUCUGAAAUAUGGGCCAGGGCGGUGUGUGAAGAAGAUGAACGCUAUCAAGUGGUGAGUUCACCGGUUGAUGGUUAUAACGGGAACCCAUUGGCUAAAUGCCCUCCAGGUACCCAGGUGACCAGGUGCUGGCUUCGUAACAGGUGGAUGCACGAGAAGUACAUUCGUACAAUUAAAGAUGUUUCCAACAAUACUUGCAAACCAGAGCCCGGAUGUGAGGUUAGGAAAAGGUGCAGGAUUCAAGCAUUGUGUAAGAUGAACUGAAGGCGUGUGCUGUGGUACCACUGGCUGAUUCUUCUGCCAGAGGUGGUUGGUCAAAAAAGAACUAAAGAACCUAGGGUGGCUUCCACGGCCUUUGUCACUUGUUAUAGUCUGAAGACGGCCUAGGAUGGCCUCCACGGCCUUUGUCAAUUGUCAUUGUCUGAAGACGGCCUAGGGUGGCCUUGGAUGUAUAGCUUCUACAGCCUCGGUCGCUUGAAUUACAGUUCCAAGGCGAUUCCACAGUGUCUUCCAGAUCAGAAACUGUCUGCAGAUGUGGACGACUUCCAAAGUUUGUGCCAACUGCGACACCGUCUGAAAACAAUCUGUAAUGCCUGUCCAGUUUUGUUACCUCUCUUACAACGUUCCGACGGCGUUGACGCCUUGAAUAGACGCCGACUUUUCCACCACGAGUCCAACCUCCAGUUUUGCCCCCUAGGUUGUACAGAAUAGGCAGACGCCUUCUGUUGUCAAAUUCUGGAUUUAACUGGUGAUAAGUGCGCCCACUGAACGUAAAAACUCACGCGUGAGCCUUUUUCUAAGCCAAGACGUUUGCUUUCCCUGACUGGAACAGCCUGUACAUACACGUUUCAACUGAAUUUAGACGAAUGAAUGCCUCACACAGACCCAUCCCUGUGUCGCGUUCGAAAUGGCUGCAGAUAUCUGCAAAGUCGCCUUCAACAACCAUCUCUGUUCAUGCUACAGUGUAUGUGUCUAUGUGGUUUAGGAAACGCCUGAACAUGUUCCGUGCCAUCCUGGCCAACCAAAGAGGUUCCACAGUGACAAUAUUGCUUUUCCUAAUUUCUUUGAUCUACUAUUUUGUGAGACGAAUGAAUCGAUGGUGGAAAAUAAAAUGUAGGAGCAGCUAGAGUUUAGAAUUCGUCACAAUAGGGUUUGGAACAUGUACGAAAAGAGAUGAGUUUAGGGGGAUGGUGACUGGGGGAGACUACCUCACUCAUUUCUCUACAAGGUAGAAUGAUGUCCACAUUAAGUAAUGAGAAUAAAGACAAUCCAUUUCUUUUCCGCUUUAUGUGAAACUGUUAUGACAUAUGGACGAAAAGACCAAAGCUGUACAAGUGUCAAAUUAUUUAUACACAUUAUUAUUGCUAUGAUAUGUUGCUGAAUCCUAAAUGACUGAAGAACUACCGUCACUUUACCAUUCAUGUGUAAUAAAUCAUUUAUAAACUAGGUAUUGCUGUAGAAAUAAAUUCCCGAAUGGGACGGAUUAACAAGAUUAUUAAAGACAUG